AGAACCUUUCUAGAAUCUUUGCAGUUGGAAGUAGCAAGCAGAAAGAAGCGGAUCAUUGAUCAAACGUCAAGAAAACAAAAGAAAAAUAAAAUUAAAUAAAACAUAUUUUCAUAAAUCUACCAAUUAAAAACGUAUUAUCUUUAAUACAAACAAGAAGUUUAUCGGAAUUAUAAAAGGCUGACAAAAUUAACUCAUCACCAUGGCUAAAGAUUACUACAAAAUUCUGGCUAUAGGUAGAGAUGCAUCCCAAGAUGAAAUCAGAAAGGCGUAUUACAAAUUGGCAAAAAAAUAUCAUCCAGACAAGAACAAAGCGCCCAAAGCCGAGGAGAAUUUUAAAGUUAUAGGCGAGGCAUAUGCAGUAUUGUCAGAUACGAAGAAACGUAAAAUCUACGACCAAAACGGGGAACAGGAUUUGAAGGGUACUAUACCCGACCCAUUUUGGAUCUAUGAUAACUUUUUCUUUAAUGUUGUAUUAAGUGCCGGUGUGGCUUUGGCCAUAUUUUUUGCGGUGAAAACAAUUUGUGAGCCUUCCACAGAAUCUGAAAGUGAACUGGAUGAUAAACCGCAGAGCUCAGAUACAAAGUCUAAAAAAAAGGAUGAUAAAAUAUAAAUGGUAUUUUGUUUGACCGAAGGAUAUUUGAAUGUUAAAAUGUAAAAAACAAUCCAUUAUUGAUUAUUCCCACUCUUAUACUUAUUCCAAAAAGAUAUUUUUAUUACGUAUGCCAUAUUUUUUGUGGUGAAAACAAUUUGUAAGCCUUCCACAGAAUCUGAAAGUGAACAGGAUGAUAAACCGCAGAGGUCAGACACAAAGUCUAAAAAAAAGGAUGAUAAAAUAUCAAUGGUAUUUUGUUUGACCGAAGGAUAUUCGAAUAUUAAAAUGUAAAAAAAUCCAUUAUGGAUUAUUCCCACUCUUAUACUUAUUCCAAAAAGAUAUUUUUUUAUAACGUAUGCAAAUCAAUUAUAAGGCAAAGCAACAAUAAAUAAAACGAUUUAAAUAAUUGGUUAAAAAAUAA